AUGGACAGCGAGAUCCCCCUCCCACCGCCGCGGCGAAUCCGACACCGCUCGCCCGCGAACGCGAACCCCUCAGCAACAGGCAUAGCGGUCUCCUCGUUCCAGCGGGCACAGCGACUGUCGCGUUUCGAUGACCGCUCUAGUCAGCCAUCGAGUGAUCCUGCGCUCUUCUCCAGUGACGAUAUACCGGCUUCCGGGCUGGAGAACUACCAUGCGACGGUGUCAGGCGCGGGUCGCAAACGGCGGUAUCGCGGGACUUGGUGGGGGGAGCAGGUGCUAGACCCCAAGCGGAAACGGGCAGAAUUUAAGGACAAGAGGAAUGUUGAUAGCGGUGUUUGGAUGGGGAGUGAUGAGUCUGGCGCUGAGUCGCUUUUGCCCUCGGAGGAUGGCUCAGCGUGGGGGGAAGACCUGCGCAAGUCUGUGCUGGAUCCUAGAAAACCUGGAAGUUCAACACCUUUCAUCGUCGAGACUGAGAAUAUGCCUACGCAGAAUCGUGUUGUAUUUAAAAGUCCUGAAGAAUCCGAUGCUCAUCGGUUUGCACGGGAGGUCGUCGGCGAUUGUCUUGAUACGGGACAUGAGAGCAUUGAUUUAGGCGACUUCCAUCUGGAAACCAUACCAUCUGGUCUCCUACGACCUCUACAGCACCUAACGAAGCUUCCAUCAGUCAAGGAAGCCCCAGUCUCGGAAAACGUCUUCACGUCUUUGCAGCCUUUCCUCAGCAUAUAUCUCCCCAACAACUCCCUGUCAACCUUGCACAACGAUCUCUUCGAGCUCACCAACCUCAAAGUCCUCAGCCUGCGAAACAACAAACUGACCGAAAUCCCAUCUACGAUCCGCAGAUUGACAGCACUGGAGGUGUUAAACCUUUCCGUCAACCAAUUGUCCUACCUUCCCUGGGAGCUGCUCAAACUCAUGCAACAAGGCGAACUAAAACACCUAACCGUCCGCUCGAACCCAUUCCUCCCAAUGGAAAAAGCGCAGAUCGCAGAAUGGCACAACACACCAACCAAUAAAAAGGAAGCAAAGAACGACGAGGCUUUAUCUCCUCCACUCGAAUUCGAAGAUCAGGAAUUUUCUCUCGGCAGGGGCUGGUCCCCUCUCCACAUCGCAACGGGCCCAAUCACCUACAUGGACAUGGAGGGCAAUCCCAUGAGAGACAGCCCAUUCCGCAAUAAAUCCACUCUCACACCGUCAGGACUGAAAUCUCCUGUGAACGACGCCCCGUCCCUGCGCGAAGUCGCGCUCCGCGCUGUGAGCAAGCUCCCCUACCUGGAGCAAACUACCGACGAAGAGCUAGCCGAGUAUCCUGCGAUGAUUGUGCCCUUGCUGCGACGGGCGAGGGAAGUGCGUGCUGCGGGUGGACAGCUCUGCUCCGUAUGCCGUCGAGAGUACGUGAUUCCUCGUGCUGAAUGGAUGGAGUGGUGGGACUUUACCCCGUGUGAGAAUGGGAUGAAGAUGCCUCGUUGUCCCGGUGAGACGCUUAGGCCUUUGCCGUUCCGGCGGUUUGGUUGUAGCUUGUCGUGUGUGCCGCGGUUUUGUUGA